AUGAAUACCAACCACUAUAAGGCCGAAGAUGCGGCUCUCGAAAAAGCCGGGGAGGACUCCGAUGUUGAAAACCUCGACGAUGAAGAAUUCACCCCCGCGCCUCUCCCACAACUCACAAACGAGCCUCAGGGCCAUCCGGAUUCCUGCCUAAGCCUCUCCCUCCCUCUCAUCAGGGCGCUUCACACCCAGCUGCCGCCGGCGCCGGACCUCGUCCUCUCCAUAGGCAGCGGGACGGGCCUCGUCGAGGCGCUCCUCGACUCCCUCGCCGCCGAUGACCAGGACCGCGACCCGCCCACUCGGAAAACUCCUCGCCACACGGCGGCGGCGCUCAACCUCGCGAGCGUCGAGAUCGCGCCCAGCCCAAACAGGUACCACGCUGCUCACCGCCAUCACACCGUCCCGGGGACCUGGGCUCUCGACCCGGCUGCGGGACGGGCAAAGGCGUGGGUUUUUGUGUAUCCGAAGCAGGUGGCCCUUGUGCAGAGUUACAUGGCGUCGUCGUUCGCGUCCGGCGAGAAAGGGGCCGUGGAGGUGGUGUUGUAUGUUGGGCCGAGGAUGGACUGGGAUGAUUUCCGGGGUGCGUUUGCGCCGUUUGCCGAGGAUAUCGAGGUCUGGGGGGAGGAGAGGAUGGAGGAGGUUGGGGGGCGGGCUUGGGAGUGCGUUGCUGUUGUGAGGCUGAGGAGGUGA